UUGGCUUUUGUCGCCGACAAUCUUUCUCAUUAUUUGAGCAGUAAUUUGUUAUUUAGUACUAAGGUACCAUGCUCAGUUGCGUCAGUUGCGUUUCUUUGUAAGCUUCCAUAGUUUUAUACCAAUUUGAAAAACUUACCGUUCGCGAUGAACGAGAAGAAUGGUAUUGGAGAGUCUAAACCGAAACAGACCCGACGCUAAGGAGAAUCUGCGCCCGAGCUGCCGGUCGAACGUGCGUAUGCUGUUGAACCGCUAGCGGUCGGUAAAGUGUUAAAAUACCAAAGAUGCGGCUAAUGAUCAUAAGCGGUAGAUGCGAUUUAAAUAGGCAGAACAAAAAUUUUCAUAUUGAAAAAAAAGGAAAAAAAUGAAACAAUAGGAAGGUUCCCAAACGACAGGAUUAUUUUGUCGAUUGGAGAGAAUAAUUGAAGUUAUCUACGCUGGUUGAUUGGUAUCCGGUAACAAAUUCCACUGACGACGAAAACAGCCUGGUUUUCAAUAAUUGGCACGAAGAAAUAAAAAUAAAAGGCUGCUGGAUCGAUGAUACUGUGAUUCGUUGAAAAGAGAACGAAACGGCGAUCGAACGAUCCGUGAAUUAGCAGCGAAAUGCUUGCACAACAUUGCUAUUCAGUGUGGUUCCAGCUUGUGCUCGAUCGAUUUAUAUUUCAUUUGUAGCAACCUGCCGGAAAAUGCGGUCUCUAUUGAAAAACAGUUAGAGGAGAAUACGCUCGUUUUUACCUUUCAUCGUCGCUUUCGUAUUUCCAUGUGCUGCGGCUAGAUUGAUCGAGGAAACUUUCAAGGGAAAUUAUACAGUAUAAUGGAUAAAUUGAGGGAUAGAUGGGGCUGGAAUUCGAUAGGAGGCAAAGUAGGUGACGAAGAUAUGAAAGUUUAAAUGGUGAUCGAUAUUUUAAAUCGACCAUUUACACUGGCUCACUAAAGUGCUUAAACGCUUACGAUUAGAAUGCUGAUUUUCAUGCGUUUACGAUAAAGAUGCAACAAUUCACGGAAUGUGGUACCUGACUUUAAAAGCUUCCCAGAAAGAGCAAUAUGCUUUCUUUUCUUCGACGAGACUAACGUUGAAACGCGAUAAAAUCGGUAGACACCGUGCGUGUUAAUAGACGACUAUGCGAAAGAUUAAGCGUCUCGAAGUUAUGGUAAAAGAUGUAAUGAACGUGCACCUGGAAAAAUAGCUAAAGCAAAGAAAUCUCAAGAAUAUUUAUUUUUACUGCGACGAAUGCAUAGCUGUUUUGAUAAAAAAAAGAACGUGAUAUUAUGUUUAUUUAAAUGAAAAAUAACAAAGAAAUAUUUCCUAUCGUAAUAUAUUAAUUUUCUUUGUUUUCUACACGUUGAACGUGUGAAUGAUGUACAUAAAGCACAUUCUUCGUGAUCCCAAGGAAAACAGCGAAUACGUCGGGCGCAAUUUUUGUUAUCGUUGUCUCCUUUGUAAUUGUCGCCGCGAUAUAUGUAGUUCUGUAUCAUCGUCGUCGUCAAUAACAACAUCAUCGACAUGCUGCAUAUUGCUCAAACAAAUUACAAUUGCAUUGAGAAGGAAAUAAAUUUAACGAAUCACCAGAAUAGCGAAAAAAGAGUAAAGAGAUGGGAUCAACGUAAUUAACGAGGAAGAGUCGAGCGAACAAGAGGAACAUGAGUAUGAUAUUCGUCAUUUGACUAGGACCAUAAAUCAGCAAUAUAAAUUCAGUACAAAGAGAGGAAGAGAGGGAGAGAGAAAAAAAGAAAAGUCUAAAAAUAAGCGAAAAAAAAAAUGAAAGGAUUAGAAAUUCAGGAAGUUUUAAACUUUUAAGAAGAAAAAGGAAACGAAAUCAAAGGGAAUCACUUGCAAGGAAAGUACAAUAAAGAGGAAGAAGAUAGGCGAAGUGGAGUAAGGAACAAAGACAAAGCGAGGACAAUCUAGAACAAAGUUACCUAAUUAAAUUAAAAACCGACAUAUAUUGAUUAUUGAUAGAUUUAAUCGAUUGUACGUAUUUCUAUUGACGACUGAGAGUAUAUAUAUAUAUGUAUUCAUCUAUAUAUAUUAUAUAUUAAAGGUUAAUACGAGAGAUUAUUAUAAAUCAUUGUUAAUGUUAAGGGAUAUUCGAUGUUUUAAAAUAUUAACGAACGAGAAUUAGUACGAGCUAUGAAAAGAGAAUAUUUCGAUUUUAUGGAUUGUAUCGUCGAUUUAAUAUUUAAUUGAAAACAAGCGGAAAAACGAAAUAAUUUCCUAACGAAAAGGAGAAAGUAUAAGCAGAGGAAUUAUAAGCAGAAUAAACGAUAAACGAUUAAACGAUAAAAUAAAAGGAAGAAACUAAUCAAUUUACAGAGAAACGAUAUUAUAGGCGAAUAUAAUUCGUUGUACUUGAGAAAUAUAUAAUUAUAUAUGUAGACGUUAAAAAUAUACUGUUGUAUAGUUGUAUAGUAUCCAUGGGGGUCCAUGUUUAAUGAAAUUAUCGAACAGAAGAAAGUUUGUUUUUAUUGUUAUCACUGGAGAUAGAAGAGAAAUAUAAAUAGCAGGGAAAAGAAGAAAUCUUGAAAAGGAAGAAGAAUCUUUACAGAUAGAGAAUACCUUCACGAGGGGGAGAAUGCUGCUCUGAAUUGCGAAGCCAAGGCGACACCAAAAUGAAUUUGGAAGUGGAACUUAUCGCAGGGGUGAUUAGGGGUGGACCACCCCCUAAAAAUUUGCCCGCACCGAGGCUCAUUAAAAUCUUCAUCGCUGGAGAACGGAAUGAAUUUAUCGAAGAAAGGAAGCAAUUAUUGGAACUUGUCGGGCCUGAACUGCAAUCGAUUUACGACGACAUGGGAAUCGAGGUCCUACUGGUGGAUAUGCAAUACGCAACGAAUGUGAAUCCUGAUAGAAAUCCGUAUUUAGCUGAACACUUUUUCGACGAAAUACACGCCGCUUAUCAACACUCGAGGGGCUGUUUCUUAUUGCUACUAAUCGGUGACGAGUACAACGUAGGAUGGGUACCAACGAAGCUCACUUGCGAAACGUACGAUGUGCUUUCCAGUCACUGCGACAAUAUGCAAGAGUACUAUGAAUGCGACAGCAAUGAUUGCUACGUUCUAAAGGCUGGCAGAUUAGGAACAGCGGAAGACGAUUGGCAGAAUUCAGAACCAACGAUAAGGCUGACAUUGAAGAAGGCUGCGGAAGCUGCAAUUUCGCAGCAAUGUGAUGACGAAGAAAUUAAGAAUAUAUUGAAGAGCACUGCGGAGAGACAGCUGGAGUACGCUUUGAAGCUGGACGAAACAGGCGAUGGUGUAAUAGCCGUGACACGUUCGUGGAAAGGCAAGAAAGCUGCCAGAGCAGUGUCUUCGUUGACGUCUUUAGUGAAUAGUCGUCUCCCACCUGACAAUAUAAUUAACGUUGAAGUGGAUCAAAAACAAGGUGGAAUUAAUCCUGACAAUAGGUCGCACAAGGGUUACCUGGCUCAUCUUUGUCGGCUUGUGAUGAAUCGCGUGCAGAAUUUGGUAAACGCUUCCAUCGAGGCGGAUCCGGAAAUUAAAAGUAAGAAGAAGAUGGUGCAGGAGAUCUACGCGGAGAGUUUGAUGCAUUUGGCACUUCUGAGACAAAUUACACCUUGCGAGGAUAACGAGAACGUGGAGAAGAUCAAGGAGUUUUUGAUAGCUGGUAAAUCGCAGAAACACGGUCCGAUAUUAAUAAAGGGUAGCAAGUAUUCUGGAAAAUCAUCGUUAUUGUCAAGAAUCUACGCGGAUGCCUCUUCCUGGUUGGAUUGUACCACGUUUAAAGUGGUUCGACUCUGUGCUUCCACUCCUCGAUCAGCGUACAGUCUCGAGCUACUUCGAGUGCUCUGUCAACAUGUAGGUUUUCUUUCCGGUUUAUUGGAUGGGAAUCUUCCUAAAGACGCCUCGUUUGAUCCGCUUUACUUGAACAAUUGGUUGGGCCAAAUUCUGAGGCGCAUCGAAGAGCAACCAAUGAUGGAGCAACUGGUGAUUCUUCUCGACGAUCUUCAUCGAUUACAUCCUCUUGAGUGCGAUAUCGUCGCUGCUCUGUCUUGGUUGCCCUUGAAUCUUCCACCAGGAGUGCACUUAAUCGUGACUACGGCUCUUCCACCGGAAAUGCUGCGUCUCACCCCAAUACAAAAAGAAAGACUACGCAGCAACGAAAUUUUAAUCGAACUGCAAGAUUCGGGUACAGAUUUCCACGAGACAGAGAACGUUUUCGACAUGUUAGAGAAAUUGAUAGGUGAAAACGCGGCUAAUAGAAUCGGUGCCAUUUUGGCUUCCACGGAGUAUGGUUUAUCCGAAACGGAGAUUCUUGAAGUGAUCAUGCCAACCGGUGGCGAUGGGCCACUAUUUCUAAACGAAGGUCUGUUCAAUUUUGGCAGCUGGUGUUUGGUGAGGAGAACUUUCAACGAAUAUCUUAAGGUUCGUGUAAUGGGCGGAAGGCUGCUUUUCUCCUGGCGUUAUCCGAUUCGCGACUUAGCCCGAAAAAGGUACUUCCCCAAUCAAGAAACAUUGAAAAGCUACCACGGCGAGUUGGCAAAUCUCUUCUUCUCCGAAGAUUUCGAAGACAAGGAUGACAAAUCAUCCCCCGAAGAGGAAACUCCGAAGAAGGAAACGCCUUUCCAGAGCAGACCGAGGUCGCAAGACACAGCGUACAAUAUGAGACACGUGGAAGAAGCUUGGUUACAUUUAUUGAGAGCCGGAGACGUAGAAAAGUUAAAGAAAUUGGCAGUCUGCGCGUUUGAUUUCCUCUUAGCAAGCGUACAAAUGAUUUCUGUUAGUUACUUGAGGUGUGUUCUCGAGCAUUCGAGGAAGUAUCUGCUGGAGAGAGAUUUGGAAUUGGUUUAUUAUACAGUGAGAAAGUCCAGUGAUAUUUUGACAAGAGAUCCUCUUCAACUUGGGGCGCAGCUAAUCUGUUGGCUUAGACCUGUGGCUGAAGAUGGCGGCGAUUUGGUCAGCAGAAUGGUUACGGCAGCUAUGGCGUGGUGUGAUGGUUAUACAGCGCCAUUAUUGGUGCCAUUAAAUGGGUGGCUCCAACCGCCUCUACCUCUUCAAAUUCGCACUUUGUCUUGUCCGCAAGGUGUGAAACUCGUUGAAGCUGCUCCUUCGGGGCAACACGUUAUCAUUAUCCCCUUCCAGGGAGACGCUCAAUUAUGGCACGUGAUGUCUGGACAAUUGGUUCAUACUUUUAAAGGGCAUUCAAAUCCAAUUUCAUGUUUAGCCGUGACACAACAUUCGCAAUAUCUACUGACAGGCUCUGAAGACACUUCAAUUAUAGUGUGGGAUAUGAAAGAGCUGACCUUGAAGUUAAGAAUCCAAGAACACAUUGCCCCAGUUCUGUGCUUGACGUCCGCGCUCAAGAAUUCAGUGAUUGUCAGCGGUGGCGAAGAUUCGAGGAUAAUCGUCACCAGUCUCCUAACCGGCGAUGUUCUCAUCAAAGUGGACCACCACAGAGGGCCAGUGAAAUCCAUUCGCGUCGAUUCUGCGGGAGAAAUUCUGGUUUCCGGUUCUUCCGACUGUACAGUUUGUUUAUGGUGUCUAGAAAGAUUCACAUUGUUAAAAAGCAUCGUUUUACCAUCUGCCGUCACUGUGCUUGAUGUAUCGGCCGAUUCGGUGUUCCUAUUGGCAGCCUGCGAAGAUCAGAAAUUAUAUUUGAGAUCUUUGGCCACGGGAACUGAGGUUCACACGUUGAGAGGUCAUCAAGGUGAAGUGAAAAGUAUCUGCUUGGCAAAAGAUUGCAGAAGAGCUAUUGCUGGAGGAGCCAAGGGCAAGGUUUCUGUUUUCGAUAUGCACAGUGGACGAUUGACGAGAACGUUGCUGGCGAAUCCUUCGGCGGAUGUUACCGCUGUCAAGGUGACGGAGAAGGACGACUUCCUGAUAACAGCUUCCGGUGAUCGAGUGGCUUACUGGAGUUUCCGUGGUGAGGAGAUACACGCUAAACCCCCAAAAUUCGUGAAGGAGGUAUCGUUGCACCCACACACUGCUCCUAUAUCUUGUUUGGAUAUAUCCAGGGACGGAGCAAUGGCAGUUACCGGUGGAGUCGAUUCUCUCGUAAAUCUGUGGCAAUUGAAUACUCACGAAUUGCUUUCCACUUUCGAAGGACAUAUCGCUAGCGUCACCUGCAUUGCAUUCUCAGCUUCUGGUUUAUUUGUUGCUUCUGGUUCUGAGGACAAAACAGUUCGUGUAUGGGGUCUGACCUUAGGUUUACUGGUAUCGACAUUUAGACACCAGGCACCUGUUACUGCAGUCACAUCUAUGUUUGACGGCCGAAGAAUAGUGAGUUCUGAUAGAGCUGGUACAAUUCGAGUUUGGGCAGCUGAUACUGGCACCCUAAUCCAAUCAGUAUGUGGGCCUGGUCGCUGUUUCACUGUUUCUUCCGAUAUGAGAUACGCGGUAUGCGGAACAGGAGACAAUCAAUUAAGAAUAGUAAGUUUAGGUGUUGGUCCUGAAGAAAAGUACCAAGUGUCGCAUUCUCAAGAAAUUACUUGUCUAGUUGUUACUCCAGAUUCUCAGUCACUGAUUACGGGCUCGAGAGACAUGAGCUUGAAGGUUUGGCAGCUCGCUGGCGGCAAAUUAUCUCAGGUCCUCGUUGGUCACACGGAUCACGUCACUUGCGUCGCAGUUUCUGUGCUCGACAAAUCCAUCGUAGUUUCUGGUUCUAAAGAUGCGAACCUAAUCGUCUGGGAUAUAAAUACCGGCAGCGAUUUGCAUACUUUAAAAGGCCAUUUAGGUUACGUAACCUGUGUAAAAUUGUCAUGUGAUGGAACUCUAGCAGCGUCUGGAAGCGAAGACAAGAGUUUGAUCAUUUGGGACACGAAAAAGGGCUGUUCACUGAGCAGCAUAAUGUUACACGUCCCUGUGUUAGGUGUUGAGGUUGCCACAGAUAUGUCGAGGCUCGCGUUGCAUUUACUCGAACACAAAUGCAUGCCUAUUCUAUGUUUGCAUAAUACUCCAGCGCAAUAUGUGAAAUUACCGGAUUACGUAGCACCUUGGUGCGAUACCAGAGAUUUGAGGCCACCUGGACGGAAGAGACCCAAUAAGAGAUUAUUGAAGAAAGAAGUGUCAUUGGAUAGCGACACGUGGCAUAGGAAAUAUGGCCAUCUCACUUCAGGAGUUUUAACGUCAUCGAUAGAGGAUGGACUACAACGACGAUUCAGCGUAAGCGCUUCCAUGGACGAGAUCAGCAAAGUUGGACUAACGAGUAGUCCAUCCGGUUUAGGACCGGAACAGGCUGCACUUGCCCAGUCGCAACACUUUGAUCAACUCGAAGCACUUUGGAACAAACAGUCGCCACCUGCCAGACCUCGUGCUCAUGGUAGGACCUUAUCGAAGCAAAGUUCUUUGCAAGCUACGCGAAUAUCAGAUUCUGAGGAAGAGGGUGUACCAGACUAAAGCGAUACUUUGUUAGAAACUAAACGGACUAAAUCCUAAUCGUCGUACUUUCUUCUUUUUUCCACUGUCUUUCUAAAUAACAGAGAAAAAAAAUAGUAAGUAGGAAAACAAAUACGAAAAGAAAACGUCUCUAAGGUAAAGCUCUAAAUUACGAAUUUCUCGUGUCUGACGCAAUAAACGUAAAUAUAUAUAUAUAUAUAAAUAUAGGUACACAUAUGUAUAUCAUUAUUAGAGAAGAAAUAAA